AUGGAAGAAGGAAAAGAAACAGUAGGACAUUGCUCAAGUCACACAAUUGAAGAAAAGUUGGGUAUUUGCAUAAGCAAUGUUUCAGACUUUCCUCUUCUGACUGAUGAAAAGUUUGAUUUUGACCUUUCACUGUCACCUGCAAGUGGAAAUGAAGAUGAAGUUUUUAUUGGACCUCUCGGACACAAAGAAAAAUGUAUUGCUGUCAGCAUUGAAGCAACAAAAAGUGCUGAAAAAAAGAUUGCAUCUUCUGAUGAUAAACUUAUGUGGAGCCCACUUACAGGAGAGAAAUUUGUUGAAAUUUUCAAGGAAGCUAAUUUAUUAGCACUGCAGAUAGAGACUGUAAAUAAGAACGAAGAGAACAAAGUAAGCCAGUCAGAAGAACAAGAAAACAAGGUUACAGAAAAGUUUGUAGAAGACUCUAUGUCAAAACUGAAAAUACUGAGAAACAAAAAUAUAGAAAAAAGCCCCAGGGCUAUUAAAAGGGAGACAUACUGUGUAGGGGAGAGUCCAGUCUGUCAGCUGCCACCUUCUUUUCAGAAGAAAUCAGAUAACAAAAUACAGGUUCUUCAUACUCCUCCAAGCAGAAACCCUGUUAAAAUUCAUAUAUCUCCUAAAAUUCCUGGCUCACCUCUGGCUCAAGACCAGAAAACUAAGGACAGAAAUAAAAAGACUGACAAACUGCAAAUGGCAAAGUCUUCAUCUGCUUUUGGAAAAACCAAGUUGUUAACUGUAGAAAAGCCCAAACCAGCAAAACACAGUAGCAUUUCUACAAAAAGAGACUUGAACAGUAUGGGAUCAUCUGAGGAUCUUAUUUCUGAUAAAUCAAGCGCUGCUUCAGAUGUCUUUGAGUCUUCAUUCAGUGGCAGUUCCUCAAUACAAGACAAAAGAGCCCUUCCUGCACCAAGUAAGUUUGGCUUAAAGAAGAUGACAACACAUCUGAAACCUCCUGGUGUUGCUAGCGGUAUCACAAGAAAGACUACUACUUCAUCAUCAUCGUCAUCAGUUUCCAGCAUGAACUCAAGCCUGAAUUCAAGUUUGUCCAUUUCUCCCAUACACAAAAAUGGUAAAUCAAGUAUAUCUUCAAAAGCUUGUGUGAGUGGCUCUAAACAUUCAUCUAAUACAAAUAGGCCAGCCCUGGUCAGGCCUACCAGAGUGUCAUCUCUGCAGGCUGCCAACACUGAGAGAUCUGGCAAGCAAACAAGAUCAGCUAGUACUCCAAAAAUAUCUAGUGCUGUAAGCUUAGCCAACUCUUCAGCUUCUGCAACAUCAUCUGAGGCUCUAGGCAGUGGAAUUCACAGGCUUAGUUCUGUUCCCAGUCUCCAGAAGCUAUGUCAGCAAAAUAAAGAUGGAAGUGCAGCAAAAGCAAGCUUGUGCCUAAAGCCCAAGACUAGAGUUCUGUCUGUUCCUACAAGUCAAAUUAAGGUUCCAGCAAAGAGUGGAGGUACAACUCCGGACAAAUCAGCACCGAAAGCAACACCAUCUCUUGGGUUAACAUUUUGUAGCACACUUGGAAGUGCCAUGGCAGUCAGCACUCCUGUGAAACAUCCAGAAGAUGGGGUGUCUCAGAAUUCUUCUUUUCGUGAGUGGUCUGUUUCAAUGACUCCUGCCAGUUUAAAACAGUCUGCCUUACCUACACCCAUCCGUCGAAUCUCAGGAUUUCCAGCAGUGACUCCUAAAACUACACCAAGGGUGGCAGUUUCUCCACAUCUUGCAUCUGUUCACCGAAGUUUCAGCCUAUCUACCAAAAAGACUCUUACAGCUGGAUCUAAGCAGACAAAAGAGACUAAGACACAGAUAUCUUCAGAAGAUGAUAUAUCUCCUCCACCUGUGCUACCUCUUACACUUGACUUUUCACCAGAAAAGACUACAGAAAUAGGUGAAUUAAAAGAGGCUGGCGUACAAGAUCAGCUGGCUAAUGAGAGACAAACUAAUGAGAUCUUACUAGUAGAUUUUGGAAUAGAUAAAUCUCUCCCUAAAUCUCUCCCUCCUACUUUGGAAUGUGAAAAUAGACCUCUGAUUGAUCUUUCCAAUACUCCUGAAUUGAAUAAGACUAUUCCUCUAAAGCCUACUCUCUCAGGACAGGUAAAGCUAAUUGAUUUGAGUUCUCCUCUUAUCACUCUGAGUCCUGAUAUAAACAAAGAAAAUCUGGAUUCCCCUCUACUGAAGUUCUAAUUUUGAGUGAAAUGAAGAAUUCUUGGCAUCUGUCAUAUGUAAGGAUUUGCCUUUCACUCAUACUGCUUUAUGAAGAUGGCUAUGGAGUAUCUGAACCGUAACAACAGAAUUAUCACAGUCCUGAUACAGUCAAACUGAGUUUGAUUUAAUGCUCUUUGCAUGGAUAUGCCACAAUGGAUGUAUUUAAACUUUGCUCUGAGGCAAAAAGGGAUAUUCUCUCUACUGGAAGCCAGUCUUUUUUUUUCUUCCUACAGAUUAUCCUUUGUCUCAUCCACUG